AUGGACCCAAUUAGAGCUCCAACUUCGUCUCCGGAAACAACCUCUAUGCCAACUUCACUAAAAGAACUGACUUCUCCAACAUCCGCUUGGGUUGAUGAAGUUACAACACUUGCACCGACAACCCCGAGAGAGACAAGCUCACCCAAAUUCUCAGCACCGGACUGGAAGAUCACAAUCCAAAACCGCGAUGGCUCGACUAGUGAAGUAGACAUGCGGCAGGGAGAAAUCAGGAUUAGCAUGAUACCAGACAAUACUACAAAGAGCAAAGAGUCAUCAGCCGACGAGCCCCAGGUUGAAAAGCUGGAUACUUCAAAAGAUAAAUCCAAUCUCCGCAAGGAACGAAUCUGGGUGAUUGGCCAACAUACGUUGACAGCAUCAUCUGCUCUCGCCAUUAUCGCCGUCUCAAUACUCACCCUCGUCGCGUAUUCGAAGACCAAGCACAUCAACGGCGCCUGGCCUGAAGUGGCCCAGCUCAGCCCCACCAUCGUACUGUUAAGCAUGGCAUGUCUGACAGUCACCGCAGAUGUUAUUACACUGGGCAUCCAUUCCUGUCACGGCCGAGCCGCUGCUAGUGCGAGACGGAUGGUACAGCGUGUCCGCAGCGCUAUGGGAAUUAUACAAGCAGUAGCUGGAGCAGCGGGUGCGGGAAUUUUCAAACAUGCUAAGGAUACAUCCAACGGUGCGGAUUUGUGGGGGUGGGCCUGUUCUCCUGCGGCAGAUAACAUGGGUGCAGUGAACAACUCCAGCACGCUCUGUUCAAGCAAUCAAGCUGCGUGGAUCCUCAAUCUUCUACAGGUUGCAAUCCAUACUCUGUCUUUUGCAUUGGCACUGUGGACAUUGUUCAAACCUGGCCAGGACUUUAAGACCAAGAUGACAGAAGCCGAGGGCUUGCUGGAAGAAUCAAAGAAAGAGGAGACAAAUAUGAACAAGACACUGGGAUUGAAACCUACCUUCGCAGACGAAAGCUAA